CGGUACAGAAAAGGGACAUUUUUCAUUGCACGGCUCGGGGAGAGUAGACUAAGAGAACUGAGAAGAAACUAUUUGCGUUUGUGUUGUAUUAGAUACAUAGUUACUACGCACUCUUGACAGGCAAGCGUGUAGGCUGCGGCAUGAACGGCUUUAGCACUGAGGAGGACAGCCACGACGGCCCCCCGGCACCGCUGUUUCACGGCCAGAGCUGCUGCCUAAUCGAUGACGGGGAGCGCUGCAGGCAGCCGGCCGGGAAUGCCUCCUUCAGCAAGCGGAUCCAGAAGAGCAUCUCGCAGAAAAAGCUGAAGCUUGACAUCGACAAGAGCGUCCGACACUUGUACAUCUGUGACUUCCACAAGAAUUUCAUCCAGAGUGUUCGCAACAAACGGAAGAGAAAGACCAGUGAUGAUGGCGGGGACUCUCCAGACCAAGAUGUAGAAGUUCCAGAGGUUGACUUGUUCCAGCUUCAGGUGAACACUCUGAGACGCUAUAAACGGCAUUACAAGCUGCAGACCAGACCGGGAUUAAACAAAGCACAAUUGGCAGAGACUGUAAGUCGCCACUUCCGGAAUAUUCCUGUGAACGAGAAGGAAACUCUGACUUAUUUCAUUUAUAUGGUGAAGAGCAACAAAAGCCGACUUGACCAGAAAUCAGAAGGCAGUAAACAGCUGGAAUAGGGUUGCGUGGGAUACAUCUCUUAAAAAUGGACUUAAGCAUGAAGAGAUAUUUUGUCAGGUAAACUCAGCUUGAUUUUACGUAACAUAAGAGAAUAUUCUUUAACAGAAAUAAGAAAGCUGAUAGAAGAGGGAAAUGGUCGUAUAUUUGACACCCAUCAACUCUUGAGUAUAUACUUCACAAUGUAUGUUGUGUCAAAAGUAUAUAGGUAUGAAGUUUAUAUAUAAAGUGAUAGUAUUGUGGACAAAGAAAAUAUUAUUUGAUGUCUUGUGACUUACAAAAUGUUGAUGGUGAAGGAUAUAUAUUACAUAUGGUAAGACUGUAUCCUUUAAUGUGGAUUUCAGCAUCUUCCAAAACUUUAUUUUUAUUUGACCGUCCCUUUUCUUAUCAGUUGCUAACCCUCUCUUUUACUGAAUGUAUCUUAGCAAGUUCAUGUUAUUAUGGAGAAACAUAAAAACAUUGUAUGUUUUUUUUUUUUAUGCAUUAAAAGCAUUAUCUGUACUAGGUGUUGGCAGAUCCAGUCAAGGUCUCCCAAGUUUCAAAAUAACCUUCAGUUUACAUUGCUAGUCUAAAAUCUAGACUGGGUGGCCCCUUUAAAAGGUGCCCAGCUAUUGGGCCUGCCCUGCUUUAUGAAGUAGGUCCAUCCCUAGCCAUGAUAUGCCUGAUUCAUUUGGUUUUCUUUUUAAAUUUUGUUUAAUGUAUUAAUUGUAGUACAUGUGGUAAUACAUGUGGCACUUGUUUUCGUUUGACCUAAUGUUAAAUUGGGAUCUUGUACUAAUACCUAAGUUGUCGUAUGUCUUAUUAAAAAUUCCAGAUGUGAAUAUGGUUAAUACUCAGAACUGUCCCAAAGAAUUUGAAAGAAGCAGAUUCAGGAGGGAUGUUUCUGACCCCUUUUGUCACGAUGUGUUUAAUUCUUCCCCCAUUCCAGUGCAGUUGGAUAACUUAUUAUGUUUAGCUAAAUAUCCAUUUGAGCUGUGAUAGGGAAAUGUAGGAUAUUGUAAAGUUUGCUGCAUGUGCUGUCUUUCACGUAAACUGCUGUUUUAGAUGAGAUGGGUUAUCUGUAUUUGUAUAAAUUUUGCUUUAAAUAAAUACCCUCAGUGGUGA